UGAAAGUAUAAAAAAUGAAGAUUUUGAUAUAAUGUGUCGAAUAUGUUUACAACGUAGUGAUGAUCGAAUUGAUUUAUUCUCAUCGUUAGCAGGUUACUCCAUGAUUUCCAAUGCUGUUAUGGAAUGUGCUCCAAUUCAAAUAACGUAUGGCGAUAAUUUACCAAAUACAAUAUGUCAGAAUUGCAUUGUACAAUUGGAUGUAGCAUAUCGAUUUAGAGUAUUAUGUAUACAAUCAGAUCUUACAUUACGACAAUUUUUAACAUCAGAAUCAUCUACAUUAUCAUCUCAAACACAAUCAGCAAUCACAAGUAUUUUAUUGGGUGAUAAGAAAUUAAAUACUAGUAUUGAUGAUGCAGUGAAAUUAGAAAAAUCUGAUAAUGAAUCAAUACAUUCAAAUUAUAAUGAUGAUAUUAAAGAUGAAAUUAUGUUUCCCGAUAAUAACGAUGAUGAUAUUGAUAAUGAUAAUAAAACAUCUUUAUUAACAGCAUCGUCUGAUUUAAUAAAUGAUAAUGAUAUAAAAGUCAGUGAUAAAUUGAAAGUAGUGAAAGUUAAAAAAUCAUUAUCAAAUGUUAAUAAAAAAAAACAACAGAAAGAUAAAAGAAAAUUUGAAUGUAAUAAUUGUUAUGCAACAUUUAAAAGGAACUCACAUUUAAAACGACAUCAACGACGAUGUUUAAUUGAUAAUGAUACAGUGGACGAUAACGGUAAAAAUUUUACAUUAUAUGUAACUAAAAAUGUUAGUAAAGUUAAUGAAAACGAGGAAGGUGAUGAGAACGAAACUAUUGAACCAACAGAAACGAAACAAAUAAAGAUUAAAUUAAAACCAUAUGCAACAUUUAAAGAGAACAUUGAACGAGAAGCAAAUGGACGAUAUUCGUGUCGUAUAUGUAACAAAACGUAUAAAAGUAAAUAUCAUACAGCACGACAUGCUAUCGUUCAUAGUGAUUAUCGAUUUCGAUGUCCACAUUGUGAUAAAUGUUUUGUGAGACCUGCAUCCUUACGUGAACAUAUUAAUGUACAUACUGGAAAACGUGGAUAUAAUUGUGAAUUUUGUGGUAAAAUAUUUCGUACAGAUUCAGCUUUGAAUACACAUCGACGAAUACACUUAGGCGUUCGCCCAUAUAAAUGUCAUGUUUGUGAGCGAACUUUUACACAAAAUAAAACAUUAAAGAAUCAUAUGCGCACGCAUACAGGAGAAAGACCAUUUGUAUGUGAAACAUGUGGUCGUAGUUUUAAUCGUAAACAUAUAUUAAAAACUCAUACAAUGAUCCAUACUGGAGAACGACCAUAUCGAUGCGAUAUUUGUUUACGUACAUUUAUAUGUAAACAGCAUUUACAAUUACAUUUAAUCAAACAUACUGGUGAACCACAAGAUCAACUACGUUGUAAUAUAUGUGAUAAACGUUUUACUACACAUGCAUGUAAAAUAAAACACUUACACGAUAUACAUCAAAUUACUGAUGCAUCAUUUACUGACACAUCUUUUAUUUAAAAUAAUUUUAUUAUUAUUUUAUUUUAUUUUUUUAAUAUAUAGGCAUUUAUUGAAAGUGAUAUAAUGAAACGUUUUGAGCAUAAACAAAUUGUUUACAUAGUAAUUAUUAUGACUGAAUUUAUUGUUUUUCUUAGUCUUUUCCAUAGCUAAAUACAGGUUGACCCAAAAUGUACGAUACGAUUUAGAUUCUUUGUUUGUAUUAUUUAGAACUAUUAAAACUUAAUUAUGACUUGUGGAAAUGGGUCGAUGGGUAUUUUUCAAUGUAUCUAGAUAACCAGUGUCUGUAUCUAGAUACAGAUACAGAUAAUGAGUAUCUAGAUACAUUGAAAGAAACCCAUUGGCCUUUUUUUCACAAGCCACGUUUAAGUUCUAUUAGUUCUAGAAAUAAAAAAUUAAUUAAAAAAAAAAGAACAAACUUUCGUUUAAAACAAUUUUACAAUUUCUAUAGAUAACUUUUCACAUACAGAAACUUUCCACAAUUUCAGCUCAUAUGCAAAACUACUAAAGUUAUAUGGCGAGAGACCUACUUUUGUUUGAAAGUGUUUACUCAAAUAAAAACGCCUAAGUCCAUAAUAGUAUACCGCAAUAAGUGAAAUCUCGGCUAUACCCGCCUACUUUAUCUUUCUCUACUGUGUUUAACCGUUUGGCAGUGACUUUGCAGCUCUAUGGUAUUUCUGUAUGACACACUCAUACCUGCAAAUAAAUAAAAUAUAGUACAUACAGAUACUAAAAGAAUAACUGCGUUGUAGCAUUUGCUAAUAAAAACUUCUAAGUUACCAAGUAAACAUUUACCAUCGUGAUUAUCAUAAGGGAGAUGGCACCCCUCCAAAUUUGACAUAAGUAUUUGUUUAAUAUUCAGGUAAAUUCGUCAUUUCUGAACGGCUUUUAUUUUAUAUUAUUUGAAAAACUGGGUUUAAAAAGUAUCAAAAAUAUCGUUCUUUGUUAAGAUUCGGUGAUAUAAUUAGAUUAAUUACACUAUUUCCAGAUUUUCUGGUUUAUCUCCCGACUUCUCGAAACUUUGAGGUGGCAAUCAUAGCGUCAUAGACAAAUUCAUACAGAUAAUGCAUAGUCGUCAAAAAUUAUAAAGCAGAGAAAAAAGGAUACCACGACUGUAUAACCUACAUAUAAAACAAAUACAUUUUUGUUUCUAAUAUUUUAAUUUUUUUUGUCUUUUUACAUAAGAUCUAAGAAAAAUAUAUCAAAGCUCGUUUAUGCUCAAGUCAUAUUUAUUAGUGGCAAAAGAGAAUAUCUUUUAUUUUAAGACAU